AUGCUGCUUCUCCUGUUCAGCUGUCUCCUGCCUGCCACUCAUGGGCGGAACUGCCUCCGCUGCUGGCCAGAACUGCCUGCUUUAAUGGACUAUGACCUUCAGAUUCUAUGGGGCACCCCAGGGCCACCCACGGACCUCUCCCAAAGCAUUCACUCCCUGUUCAUAGAGCAGAGAGUCUUCCCCCAACCUUGGUAUCUAGGACAGGAUCAUUUGGAGGAAGCAGCUGCCAAAUUAUUCAGUCACAUAGCUAUAGCCAUUCAGAAGUUGCGAGAUGAUAAGCAGCAAUUCAUGAAUGAGGUUAAGAUGCAGAAGCGACUCUUUUCUGAAAAGCUGAGCGAGAGAUCUGAGGAGCUGAAGAAGAAGGCACCUCAGUUUCUCUCCAUCUCACCCUUCCCGGAAGCCUGCAACAAUUCUUGUGACCUAUAUAAAAUGGAGGUCAUGGACUGUUCUAGCUGUAAGAAACACAUCCUCAUCUGCAAAGACCCUACUCUCUGCCCAGGGCUGUAG